AAUUUUAACAGAAUGUUGAAAAAGUAGGACCAGUGUUACUGAUAUAAAACCCCACCAAUCCAACACUUCUCUUCACAACUCUACCUUAUAUUUCUUCAUCCAAAAUGACACGUGUCAAAGAUUUCUUCGCCGGAAUGUUGGAUUCCGGCAAGAACGUUAAUUUUUCCAAAGGAAAAAAGAAACUAUUCUUGACCGUCGUUGCCUCAGUCCUACUCGUUGCAGCAGUUAUCGGAGUAGUUGUCGGUGUAAAAUUCCGUUCAAAUAACUCCGACGACCACGCAGACAUACAGGCCAUUACCUCUGCAGCUCAUGCCAUUGUAAAAUCUGCGUGUGAAAACACCCUGCACCCCGAAUUAUGUUACUCUACAAUUGCAAGUGUUUCAGAUUUCUCCAAAAAAGUAACUAGCCAAAAAGACGUGAUUGAGUUGUCCUUGAAUAUCACCUGCAGGGCCGUCCAACACAACUUUUUUAAGGUCGAAAAACUCAUCAAAACAAGAAAAGGUCUAAAGCCACGAGAAAAGGUUGCGUUGCACGAUUGCCUUGAGACAAUAGACGAGACUCUCGACGAACUCCACACGGCCAUAAAAGACCUCGAGCUAUAUCCCAACAAAAAGUCUCUGAAAGCCCACGCAGAUGACCUUAAAACUCUAAUAAGUUCAGCAAUUACUAACCAAGAGACUUGCCUUGACGGUUUCUCUCACGACGACGCCGAUAAAAAGGUUCGCAAAGCUUUGCUGAAAGGUCAAAAGCACGUAGAAAAAAUGUGCAGUAAUGCUUUAGCUAUGAUUUGUAAUAUGACCGAUACAGACAUUGCUAAUGAGCAGAAGUUGAAGGGUACCACUACUAACAGGAAGUUGAGAGAGGACAAUAGUGAGUGGCCGGAGUGGUUGUCUGCUGGGGACAGAAGAUUGCUGCAGUCCUCGACGGUGAGGCCCGACGUGGUUGUGGCGGCGGACGGAAGCGGAAAUUUCAAGACGGUGUCGGAGGCGGUAGCAAAAGCACCAGAGAAGAGCAGCAAGAGGUAUGUAAUAAGGAUAAAAGCUGGUGUUUACAGGGAGAAUGUAGAUGUGCCGAAGAAGAAGACAAAUAUUAUGUUUAUGGGAGAUGGAAGAAGCAAUACUAUUAUUACAGGAAGUAGAAAUGUGAAAGAUGGUAGCACUACUUUCCACUCCGCCACUGUUGCUGCGGUAGGUGAAAAAUUCUUGGCCCGAGACAUAACUUUCCAAAACACUGCAGGGGCCGCAAAACACCAAGCCGUAGCACUUCGCGUGGGGUCUGAUUUGUCCGCUUUCUAUAGAUGUGACAUUUUAGCCUAUCAAGACUCUCUCUACGUUCACUCCAAUCGUCAAUAUUUUGUUCAGUGUUUAAUUGCGGGCACUGUUGAUUUUAUUUUCGGCAAUGCUGCUGCUGUUUUACAAGACUGUGAUAUUCAUGCCCGGCGUCCUGGUUCGGGUCAGAAGAAUAUGGUCACAGCCCAAGGAAGAUCUGACCCGAACCAGAACACUGGAAUUGUGAUCCAGAAAUGUAGAAUUGGUGCAACGUCUGAUUUGAGACCAGUUCAGAAGAGUUUCCCCACGUAUCUUGGACGGCCAUGGAAAGAAUAUUCUAGGACUGUGAUUAUGCAAUCGUCAAUUACUGAUGUGAUUAAUUCUGCUGGAUGGCAUGAAUGGAAUGGGAAUUUUGCGCUUAAUACUUUGUUUUAUGGCGAGUAUCAAAAUACUGGGGCAGGAGCUGGGACCUCAGGAAGAGUUAAAUGGAAAGGGUUUAAGGUCAUUACAAGUGCAACUGAGGCUCAAGCUUAUACUCCUGGUAGAUUCAUUGCUGGAGGUAGUUGGUUGAGCUCCACUGGCUUCCCUUUUUCUCUUGGUCUCUGAAAUCCUUUAUUUUAAGUAGUAUUUUGUUUUCAAGUUUUUGUGAAGUUUCAUGAGAAAUGUUUAUUUUGAGCCGGAGGACACUCAUGCAUGGCAAUGGUGUUUGGCUGAUGGAGAAAUAACAAGAUUCAUCAACGAAUAGGGGUUGGAAAUUUUCUUUAUGAACUUCUAUUCGUGCUGAGGAAUUUUAGUGAUAUAGACCUAAAUAUUCCCUAAUGUGUGUAAUUAUCCUAUCUAAAAGCGAAAAGCCAAAAGAAUGUGGAAAUAAAAUAAGAGAAUUUCAAAGCUCCAUA